AAGGCUGGCAGCUUUGCGACAAUUUGUGUGAGGAAAAGUUGUCAAUUAUUUUACAAAAGUUUCGAAAUAUUCAUUGAGUGAAAAGUGCAAUUUGGUUCAAGUUUUGCUCACGGGACCGUGCAAAUAUUUUGGGUUUCAUUAAACAAAUACCAUGGAAAAAUUGAAUGUGCAUUCAAUCGUUGAGACAGCCGCCGAAAUUGGGGGUCCAAAGAAGCAGGCCACCGAAAUGACGGUGAUGAGUCUACAGGAUUGCUGCAAGUCUGUGAUCGAGAAACAUUGCCUCAAACGUGUCGAUAAGGCAUCGAUACCCUCCUCUUCCGGACCAAAGAAGGAAACGUACGCCGGGGCUGCCAAAUUUCUGAUGCCGGCCGAAAAGGCAGCUCCUGUAUCGCCCAUGGGCGCCUUCAAUGCGGCAUUCCAUUUGGCCAGCGAUAUGAAGAUGUGCCUCAUUCCGCAAAAAAAUUUGGAGCAUUUUCAAAUCCGUAAAAAAUCCCCCUAAAACAAAAAUAUAACCACAAAUACUUUAGCUUAAAGGAGC